UUCUGAUUGAAACCCAAUUUUAUUGAAGCCAAAUUUAUUAUUAGCAAUAACUAUUAAAUAAAAAUGAGCAGCGACUGGGACGAGAUAAAACGCUUGGCAGCUGAUUUUCAAAAGGCGCAGCUGACUUCCACGCUGCAAAAGCUUUCGGAACGGAAUUGUAUUGAAAUAGUUACUUUGCUGCUGGAGAAGCAACUGCUGGAUGUAGUUUUUACGAAUGAUGGCAAGGAGUACAUCACCCCCGACCAUUUGGAACGCGAAAUACAAGAUGAAUUGUAUGCAAACGGGGGUCGCGCCAAUCUUGUAGAGGUCAGCAAAACUCUAAAUGUUGAUCUGUCGCGAAUCGUUACGCUGGCGGAACGCAUAGCGGCCGAGAAUCCACAUAUACACCUUAUGCUUGGUCAGCUUAUCGACGAGGACUAUAUUACGCAUAUUGCGCAGGAAAUCAACGAGAAGCUGGCGCAACGUGGAGAAAUUUCUAUAUCGGAUUUAACGUCACAGUUUGAUCUGCCUUCGGACUUUCUGCAGCAGAAUGUGGUGGAAAAGCAUUUAGGCAAGAUCAUUAAGGGUCGUCAGGAUGCCAGUAAUCCGCGUGUGUUUUUUACCCAAGCAUACAUACAACGUUGCAAGGCGAAAAUACGUGGCGCUCUGGCAGCCAUCACCAAGCCCACCAAUGUGGCUGUUAUUCUGCAGCAGAUCAAUGUGCAGGAGAAGAUCUUUCAUUCGCUGCUCGAUGAAAUCUCGCCAGCCGGACAGGUGACCUCUAAGCAGGCCAAUGCUCAGUAUGUGCCGCACAUUUACGCCAAGACACAGGCCGACUGGGUCAACUCAUUUUACAAGCAAAACAGCUUCCUGGAGUACGAGGCUAUCAACAAACUGGGCAUUUCCGAUGCCAAGACUUAUAUACGCAAGCAAUUCCCGAACGAACAUUUCCUGUUCCUUAAGCGUGUUGCGCUGGGCGCACGUCUUAUUGAAUUGACCGUGGUGUCCGCCCUUAAUGAGUGCAGUGCCACCAAGCAUUAUCUAGAUUUAUCCACCAUAUUGCCAUCUAAUUUGUCGGAGGAAGAUAUUGCAGAGGCUUUUGACGCAGUCAUGGCCCAAAAGCACUGCAAUUCCAGCCAUUUUGUAUAUCUAGAAAGCGUCGUCUUUUCCCAGGCAUAUCUUACAGAAUUGGUACAACCCUGUCAUGACAUGGCUCUGGCACUGGCCAAAUCAGCCAUCGACAAUGGCGUCUAUCAGCAAUAUAUUGUAGAAAAAACGCUGGCUCAAAAGGGCAACAACCUGAGCACCGCCCACGAUGCAGAUGACGAUAGCAAAAUGGACAAGCGCGAUGAGCGUCGCAAAAAAGCCGCCUCUGGCAAAGCGGGUGGCGGUGCUCAAGGACGCGAAACUAAAACCAAAUCGACCAAGAAGCAUCAACGUGGGCGUGCGUCUGCUCACAAUCAUGACAGCGAGGAUGAAGAGGACACAGAGCAGCAGUCAACUGGUAAUACGCGCAAAUCCGUAAAAGCGCUAGAACUGGUCAAAAGUUCGGAUAUCAUAAAUCUAAUCAAGAUCACACUGGAGGAGGAGGGUCUAGAGCAUUUAGCCAAGCCAAUUGCUGCGCUCUAUUUGAACCAGCUAAAUCAGGUCGCGUUAGCCAAGGCCCAAGAAUUGUAUGAGGCGACUCCGCAAACGAAUCGACGCCAGACGCAUGCUGCCAUACAGGAACGCGUUAACAUGCUGCUCGUCGACAUACGCCUCUACGAAAAGGGCCUAAAGCUGUUCCACGCCGACACGCAAACGCAACUGGUAAAAUAUUUGCUUAAAUCACUGGGUAACGACAUUUGCAAUGAACUGACGCUUUAUGUGGCCGCCGAAUGCAGUCUGUCGGUCAAGUCCACAAACCUGAACGUCGAUCAACGCAUUAAACUGAUACAAGAGUUUGAUGCACAGUACCGCAACGCUUUACUGGAACAAAACAAAACCUUGAACAGAAGCAUUGAGGAGUUCGAGCUGGCCACGGAGUCGGUUCUGAAAGCGUGUAGUAUGAUUAUAAAAAAAGCUGAUAAGAAAAAAGAUCGCGCACUUAUUGUUGGUCACAAGGAGAAGCUACUGCAACAGUUACUGGAAUGCCAUGAGCCCGCACUUUUACUUCAUCUGGCUGCACUGGUACUCUUCACCACAAUCACUGGAUGCAUUUUGCAUGCGUCCGGAAAAUUUGUCUCGGCCAUCCUGCAACACAUUCGUGCCACUCUAAAUGAGCCGCAAAAUGCCCUGUUGUUACGUUAUCAUGAUCUCGUCCUGCAAAUGCUGCAACAAGCAACGCCUGACAGUGCCGAAUGCAAGUCUAUUAACGAACAAUUGCAGUCGCUGCAAGCGGAGGUCGUGGAUCUCGCCCAGAACUAUUCACGUGCAUCCGUCUCUAAGGCUGAUUAAAAUACAAUCUAAAACUUUCGGACUUCCAACAAAAACAGUCCAGAUUAGAGUUCAAAUUCAUUUUCAAUAUAAUUGGUUAUGGUCUGCUGCAGAAGAAAUAUGUGUUUUGGAAUUGUUAAGUAUUGUGUAAAUAAUUUAAAAAUUGUUUUAUUUUUGCUAUUCGCGCAAGUCUCCUAAAUACAAUCAAUAAAGUUAAGAGUGUCUGAAUCGUUAUCACUUUUUUUUAGGUUGCUCAAAGUAGUACUAAUCUACGAAAGACAAUCAAGAAACAAGAGGCUUUGUCCCGAAUUAGCUUAUAUACUACAGACUCUUUUCUUAUUGAAAUUUGGUUGUCGAGGGUUUUUACUAACCAACAAAAUAAGCGAUUCAAAUAUUUAAAUAACCAUGGUUAUAAAAGUAUGAACAUCUUUGUUUAUGCAUAAUUUGUAGACAGAUUCUUAAAUAGUUGCCGACAAUUUUGAGCAGUUUUAUAGGAGAACCGGGAGAUUUGGUUAUUGUUAUGCUUUAUAAGAUAGGAAAUAUCAAUAGUAUUUAAUUGUGGUUGACAAUUCAAAAGCAAAAAUCUAUCAUUGAGCUAAGUUUAAAUC